CUCCCUUCCCUGGGUGCGUGCGCAGCUCCCCACCCGGCGGGCGCCCUGAUUGGCCGGUGUCCGAGCAGGGGCGGGGUUAGCGCGAAAUACAAACGGUCGCGGCCCGCGCGAGCGAUAGCUUCUGCCGGACCCGAAAGAGAGCAGGGGGCUCGCCAGCCCCGCCUCCCCGUGGCAGGCACCAUGCCAUCCCAGCAGCGAGCCAGUAUGGCCGAGCCCCGCCGCGCCAGCCCCCCGGCCCGUGUGCGGGUCUGCGUCCGCCUGCGCCCCUGCAGCCAGGGGGACCCCUGCAUCCGUGGCCUGGAUUCCCGCUCCCUGGAGAUUAUCAGUUGGAGGAACAAAAAGGAGACCCUGCAGUACCAGUUCGACUCCUUCUAUGGAGAUCAAGCCACGCAGCAUGACAUCUACGCCGGCUCCGUGCAGCCUGUCCUGUGCCACCUGCUGGAGGGGCAGAACGCCAGCAUACUGGCCUAUGGCCCCACCGGUGCUGGUAAGACGCACACCAUGCUGGGCAGCCCAGAACAGCCAGGUGUGAUCCCACGAGCGCUGCGGGAUGUCCUGCAGAUGACGCGAGAGGCGAGCUGCUCACCUGGGGGUGACGAGUGGGACUACUCCGUCUCCAUGUCCUACCUGGAGAUCUACCAGGAGAAGGUGCUGGACCUGCUGGAGCCGUCCCAGCGGCUGCCAAUCCGGGAGGACCGGGACCGGAACAUCCUGAUCCCGGGGCUGACUGAGCGGGAGCUGGGAGGCUUCGGGGACUUUGAGCGGCACUUCCUGCCGGCCAGCCGCAACCGCACGGUAGCCUCCACUCAGCUCAACGACCGCUCAAGCCGCAGCCACGCCGUGCUGCUGGUGCGGGUGGCGCGGACCCAGCGGGCGCCCCCCCGCCGCCGCCGGGUAGCCAAGCUCUGCCUCAUCGACCUGGCUGGCUCUGAGGACAACCGGCGCACCGGCAACUGUGGCCUGCGGCUCAAAGAGAGCGGCGCCAUCAAUGCCUCCCUGCACGUGCUCAGCAAGGUGGUGGACGCCCUCAACCAGGGGCUGCCCCGCGUGCCAUACCGUGACAGCAAGCUCACCCGCCUGCUGCAGGACUCCCUGGGGGGCUCAGCUCACAGCGUGAUCAUUGCGAAUGUCGCCCCGGAGCAAGGCUUUUAUUUUGACACGCUGAGCACGCUGAACUUUGCUGCCAAGUCCAAGCAGGUGGUUAACCGGCCCUUCACCCAGGAGACGCUGCAGGCCCCAGCUGCACGCAAGAGACCUCCCGAGGACCCUGGAGCCAGCAGUGAGGGUGCCAGCCCCAGGGCCAAGAGACCCCCCGAGGAGGAGCCCCCCGAGGCCGAGCCGCUCAGCUCCCUGCUGCCCCUGGAGCAGCUGGACCCAAGGCUGGUGCAGCGGCUGCUGGGGCUGGAGCAGCUGGAGAAGCAGCAGGGCGGGGCCGGGCGGAGGCUGCCGCUGCUCAGCACCCCCCGGCGGGAGCGGGUGGCCCUGCUGCGCCAGCUGGAGGAGACGCGUAGCGAGCUGCAGAAGCUGAAGGAGAGGCAGAAGGAGCUAGAAGCCGCAGCGCUGCUGGACAAGGCCUGUCAGCCCAAGCCCCUGCACCACAGCAAGGCUCCCCCCCGGGCCCGGAAACAGGCUGUGGUGCUGCCCCUGCAGCAAGUGCAGACCCCCGUCGGGAAGCAGGCCCUGCCCAGUGGAGACGAAGGGAUCCUGGUCAUACAGAGGAACCAGGGCCAGGCGGCUGGGCCGGGGGCUGAGAACCAGGCCCCAGGCUGGGAGCUGAAGCUGCGCCCGGACCUGCUGGCCCGGAGCCGGGAGAACCUGGUGGCGCUGCUCAACCAGGGCAGUGCCAAGGAGCUGCGGGCCCUGCACCGCAUCGGGGACAAGAAAGCCCGGCUCAUCCUGGCCUGGAGACAGCUGCACGGGCCCUUCAGCCAGGUGGAGGACCUGCAGCAGGUGGAGGGGAUGACAGCCAAACAAGUGGCCUCUUUCCUGAAAGCCAACCUGCUGAGCGCCCUGGGCUGUCUCUCGCCCCCACCCCCCGCUCAAUAAAGGUCUCUGUGUCCGUCA